CCUGGAGCAGCUGACCUCGCCCCUUGCCUUCCCGGCCAACAGCAGCCCGGACCCAUGUGCAAAGGAGACUGUGCUGAACGCUAUCAAGGAGAGCAGGAAGAGGGCUGUGGAGCGGGAGGAGGAUGAGGAGGACCAGACGUUUGGGAACAACCAGGAGAACAAGAGGAGGCGCCACGACAGCAGUGGGAGUGGGCAGUCAGCAUUUGAGCCACUGGUGGCCAACGGUACCCCCACCUCUCUCAUACCCAAGCCGGGCUCUCUGAAGAGGAGCCUUGUCUCCUACUACCCGGAUGAGUGCUCCAACAAGAGGUCGUGCACCUCUUCCACCAGCUCCCUCAGCAGUGCCUAUGCUGCUGGCAUCCCCGGCUCCGUCCGCAACGCCAUCGCCAGCUCCUACAGCUCCAGCCAGGGCCUUGCUCAGCUGUGGAAGAGAAGUGGUGUGAGUGUGUCCCCACUGUCCAGCCUGGCAUCCUCCCGCUCUCAGACGCCUGAGCGGCCUCUCAAGAAACCCAGGGAAGAGGAGUCGCAUCCCUCCAACGCUUCCACUCCAGUGAAGUCAGACAAGGAGCUGCAGACAGAGAAGGUGGCGGAUUCCCCGGCGCAGAAGCAGCAGCCCCUGAGCCCCUCGGCCGCGCCGGGCAGCAGCGGGAAGCGCAAGAGGAAGAUCCAGUUGCUGUCGUCUCACCGGGGGGACCAGCUGGUGCUGCCCCCGCCGCCUCAGCUGGCCUACUCCAUCACCUCGGAGGACCUGGACGCGGAGAAGAAGGCAGCGUUUCAGUGGUUCAACAAAGUCUUGGAGGAUAAGGCUGAUGUGACCCCCAGCACCACUGCAGAGACUACACCCGUGUCCAGGCCACUGGCGUUUGCCGUCACCUCCCCGGGGCCUGCUCCUGCCUCGACAGCUCCUGCCCCAGCGAGCACCAGCUCGUUUCUGGACAGCCUGAAGAAG